AAUCAAAUCAGUCUAGUGUCCACAACUAGCGAGUACACACCACAUUCCCGGUUACCAUAGUCACUUUUUUUUUUCUUGCGCUUGGCGCGAUAAUCUUACGGCCUUGAUACGCACGACAGCUGACUAACUCGCCGCUUGAAGCUAUUCCAGUACAGAUAAAAUAUAAGUGAUUUGUUACAUAAACAAUGAUAAUUCAGUCAUUGUUAGGCGUUGUUUUGCUACACCUGUGGCAGUGCGGCGCUAGUAGCAUCAUGACGAAGGAUCUUAAAGUGUUGGUGUCGUCUAACGACUUUCCGGAGAGUGCACUUAAGAUAUUGCAAGAACAUUUCACAGUAUUACAAUGUAAAUACCUCAACUUCGACGAAGAAGGCCGCACGUUAGCUAGAGAAGAACUUUUAAACCUCAUCCCGGGAUGCUCUGCGUUAGUCUGGAGCUCCAACCUUCCUAUCUCCAAGGAACUCUUGGAUAAAGCAGGACCUCAACUAAAGCAAGUGAGCACUGUAUCGGCGGGCUACAACCACUGCAAUCCUGAUGAAUUGAAGGCGAGAGGCAUCAAGCUGACCAACACCCCUAAUGUCCUGGCGCCGGCUGUGGCUGAGAUUGCUGUGGGAUUGAUGCUGGGAGCCGCGAGACGCUUCACCGAGAAUUUGGAUCAAGUUAGAAGGGGGCAAUGGGAGAUUGGUUUUGACAAGGUCCUGGGCCAGGAUCUUCGGGGCAGUACAGUGGGAAUAAUAGGGCUUGGUGGUAUCGGACAAGCUGUUGUGAAGAGACUUGUCGGCUUCGAAGUAGCGAGAUUCAUUUACACUGGACAUAGAGAGAAGCCUGAAGGUAAAGCCCUCGGCGCCGAAUUCGUGAACCUCGAUACACUUUUGUCACAAAGUGACUUUAUUCUUCUAUCCGCCCCUCUCACGGAUGAGACGAGGCACAUGAUCAACGAGACCACGCUAGCCAAGAUGAAGAAAAACGCUAUACUGGUUAAUGUUGGACGUGGAGACCUGGUCGAGCAGGAGGCUCUGUACAACGCGCUGAAGAACAAGCAGAUCUACGCAGCAGGGUUGGACGUCACUACGCCAGAGCCCUUGCCAAAGGACCACAAACUACUAACACUACCGAAUAUGUUUGUCCUACCACACAUCGGAAGCGCGACGGUGCGCACACGCAGAGAAAUGGCUGAGCUUGCCGCCAACAACGUCAUCAACGGACUCACCGGCAAACCACUUAUCACUCCAGUUCAACUCAAAUAAAAUACUAUGUAAUAUCAAUACAGUGUAUAAUGAAUACCAUGAAUAUCUACUCCAAGUUUAUUUGAUUAUAAACCAACUGUGCCAGCAAAA